UUGGUCGAGCCUCCCAGUCACUGACGUCAGAUCGGCUGUCUUGUGGAUGGGUCCGCGCGCAAGAGCAUCCAUUCUUCCUCCCAUAGGCGCUCCAGAGAGACAGAAGAAAAAGAGAUGCAAGAGACGCCAAGUGAGAGUUUGGUGCAACUUUGAUGAAGACAGGAGCACGGAGCGCUGUCACACACAGGGACUGUCCUCCUUUUAUAGACUGGUACCGAGCAUCACUUCGGACAGCGUCACCACAUCUCCAUCAUUUGAUCGUAGAAGAGGAGAGAAGAAAUCGGUUUAACUCUCGCAAAGGAAUCACGAAAUCGCGUUAACAAGGUUGGAUUUUUGUGACUGCUGACAAAAAGCCAUGACACUGAACGCCUCUGACCUGGACUGGGAUGAGUCCUCAGGUGCAGACCCCUUCUUUCCUCUGGAUCGACUGGAUAGCUCAUAUGAAGUCCCGCCCCUUACAGUGUGGGGUGUGGCCCUCUGUGUUUCAGGAACUGUCAUUGCCACUGAAAAUGCAAUAGUUGUCACUACCAUCCUGGCCACCCCGUCUUUUCGUGCCCCUGUUUUUCUGCUGCUGGCUAGCCUCGGAUUGGCCGAUCUCCUGGCAGGUGUUGCCUUGAUCUUGCACUUUCUUUUCCUGUUCUGCAUUGAGCCAAGUGAUUGGUCAGAAUUGCUGACCUCAGGACUGCUGGUGACAUCACUGAUUGCCUCACUCUGUAGCCUGAUGGGUGUUGCUUUGGACCGAUACAUGUCUUUAAGCCACGCCCUCACCUAUGGUUCAAGCGAAUCCCGUUACAGAGCCGCCAUUCUCCUGCUGCUGAUCUGGUUGGGUGCAUGUGUCAUUGGGGCGGGACCUGCAAUGGGAUGGCACUGUCUGGGAGAGCCAAACUCCUGUUCUGUAGCACGCCCUCUGACCCGGACAUACCUAUCGCUGCUGUGUGGUGGCUUCCUGGUGGUUGUCAUGGUAACCCUGCAAUUGUACGCUGGGAUCUGCCGUGUGGCAAGGCGGCAUGCCCACGCCAUUGCUACCCAGAGGCACUUCCUAUCUACCAACCAAUCAUAUGCAAGCAAACACAGCAGUGGAAGGGGCUUCUCUCGGUUGAUCCUAGUCCUCAGUGUGUUUGUGGGCUGCUGGAUGCCUUUCUCCCUCUGGGGGCUGCUAGGAGACGCAUCCAGCCCUCCUCUGUACACCUACGCCACCUUGGUACCAGCAGCAGGCAGCUCGCUGCUGAACCCAAUACUCUACAGUCUGAGAAACAAAGACAUUCGCAAGGUGCUGCUCCAGGCCUGCUGCCCGCACAGAUGCACACACAACGCACACAUACACUACCCUGCUGAUGUGUAGACAGCCAAACCUCACCAGACUCAAACCACCACACAAUCUAUGCCAGACAUAUCACUGUUUGUGUGCCAAUACACACAUAGCUGCAUUGACUAUCAUCCAGAUCCAGAACAUGAAAUCUCUCACAAACAUAAACUCCCACACACGCAAUAAGCGCUUCUCCAAGAGAUGAAGUCCACCUGCAAAUCAGAAUGUUUCUGGAUUGUCCUGGCUGGCGGCCAUUUUGGGAGUACUAACUAAACGUACUGUCUUGUGUGUUCUUUGUGCCUCAUCGUCAGUCAAUUGUAAUUCCACUGGAUCCCCAGAUUAAAACAAUCACAAGGGUGCCAUUCAUGCCCCCACUCAUAGAAAGUGGAUUUAAUCACCAUUGGCACUUUAAGGUGAGAGGAAUGGAUGGGGUUUUAAUGUAAGCCUGUCACAGUGUAAUGUGAUCCAAAGUCCUAAAAUUAUUAACUUGAUUGUCUAGAAAACACAAUGUUCUAGAUCUUUGAGAUUCUGUUUUGCACAUGCUGUUACAGGCACUUUGAAAGGUACUGACCAUAUGUUCGUGUUGCACAGCCUUUUUAUAAAUGAAUGAAUAUUUUAUACUGAUGAAUAAUAAAUAUACUUCUUUUCUA